AUGACCCCAGGGCACACAGAGCAGCUGCUGCCCAGCCCCUCCAUCCCACCCGCAGCAUCACCAGAAGGGAAAUCUCCCUGGCGGGUGCGUGUUCCCUUAGUGAUCACAUCAAAACCUGAGCAUCCUCGGGCCGGUUCCCGGGCUCCGGCCGGGGUCCGGAGGGUCGGGGCUCCCUGCCCCCCGCUCGGGCGGGCCGGGCUGCGCAGCCCCCCCGGGGCCCAUGACGGCUCAUUUCCUGGCCAUGGCAGGCGGCCGGGCAGCGCUUUCCUUUCCCCAGCCAAUUGCAUCUUCAAUCCGUAUCGGAGGAUCGCGGGGUGUGAGGCGCGGGAGAGCCCGGCGAGCGCCGGGCGGGAGCAGCGACCGGUCCCGGCUCCGCGGCCGGAGGAGGAGGAAGAGGAGGGAGAGGAGCGAGGAAGGCGCCUGGGACGGGCAGCCCGCGGGGUCGGGCCGCGCUGGCCGGCCCUGCCGCUUAAAUGCCCGGCUCGUUGCCAUGGCCAGGCUCGGUACACAAGAGCCACACGUCCAGCUCGGGAGUGCAGCAGCGUGCCCGGGGCAGCACUCACCGGUCCCCCCGUCUCCUCGGGGCACCCUUUGCUGGGCGCGGAGGGUCUGGCUGAGCAGCAGAACGGAGCGGCCUUGGCUGGGCGCUGGGCUCCUGCAGGAGUAUCAUUAGUCAUCCCACAUCCCAACAUCAAUGCAACAGUGGCACAAAACAUCUUGCUCUCUGUUGAAUACUCGUGCAGAGGCGUUGCCAGCGUUGAGUGGCGGCACGUGUCGAGCUGGGGCACCACCAAAAUUGUUGAGUGGAAAAGUGGCACUGAUGUCAACAUAUCCACAGUGUACAAAGACAGAGUGACUACUUUUGAAAAUGGCUCCAUACAGCUCCUGAACGUGAGCAUGAGAGAUGCUGGCUACUAUUUUAUCACUGUAACAGAGGAGUUUGGAACCAACACCUAUGGCACCAUCAUAGUCAAUGUUUACGAGAUCAUCUAUGAAGAUCUACACUUUGUAGCAGUUCUCUUUGCAUUUCUUGCUGCAGUAUCUGCCAUUUUGAUCUGCUUCAUGUGGCUGUGUAAUAAAUCUCUGCACCUAUUCCAGAAGAAGACAACACACAAACUAACAGCGAGCACAACUGAAGAGAUUGAAUUGGAAACUAUUGAGUGUUAG